AUGUCAUGGUCGGGUAAACAACGUGCGCUCGUUGUGAAGUGUUUUUUUCAAAAUGGCGAGUCGCCUAUAAAAACGCAGCGCGCUCUGCGCACAACGCUUGGCCUUGGUCGACACGAUCCUGUUCCCAGCUGCAGAACAAUUAAACGUUGGGUGGAUAAUUUUAAUGAAACUGGAUCUACUGAAGACAAAAAGAGAAGUGGCAGACCCCUUACAGCCAGAACACCUGAAAAUUUUGAAAAAAAUUCGCCAUUUUGA